ACUUAGUUUAAUUCAUACAACUGAUUAGAGUUGACGUUAUAGUUAACAAAAGUAUAAAUUUUAACAAAAAUAAAAUUUAAAAUAAUGGUACGUCUCACAGAGGAGCAAAAACAGUUUUAUAAAAGCAAUGGAUAUAUUAUAUUGAAGAAUUUGAUAUCAGAGAAAGAGUUGGAUACGAUUUCGAGGGAAUAUGACGAAGUGUUCGAGAGGAAGAACAGGGAGAAUAUAGAAAGCUCGUGGGUUGGCAAGGAUGCUGAGGACAGGAAGAGUGACAGCCCAUACACGGUAAAAGGGUUACAUAAUUUGCAAUACCACUCGGCUGCGUUCGGCAAGUUUCUGUACAACGAAGGCUUGCUGGAUGCUCUAGAAGAUGUUAUGGAGACAAAAAACAUAAUUCUGCAUCACACGAAGGCUCAUUUGAAACCGCCCGACAAAGGAGCCGCAUAUCCCAUGCAUCAAGAUUACCACUACUUUCCUUACGAGAAACACUCCAUGGUAGCAGCCUUUAUUCACUUGGAUGCCGCAAACCCUGAGAAUGGGGGACUAUUCGUCUACCCUGGCUCGCACAAGCUCGGCCCACAGGAAGACAUCGGCGCUAAGGAAACACUAAACAACUUUCAUUAUGUUGACCAGUCAAAAUUUCCGUUGGAGAAGGCGACGCCUGUUAUUGCGGAAAGAGGAGACAUCGUCAUCUUCUCGUACCUGCUUAUCCACGGCAGUUCGCUGAACACUUCCACGCGAACUAGAAGGAUGUUGUUGGUGCAAGUAGCGUCAGCCGAUGACGCACCAGUGGGAUUGCAGCCCUCGAGGCCUGGUCAGGGGUGGCUUCUACGCGGCAUUAACGUUCAUCGGGAUGCUAGUAUUUCGAAACGAUUUGAACAAAAUUAAAUAGUUUUUUUUAUUUAGUUUUAAUUUAUUCUUUAUCUAAUAAAUAACAUUCUACGGCAUUAACCUUGUCAUUCAUAAUUAUUGUGUAAUAAAAAAUAAAUAAAAAAAAUAUGUGAUUUUUUUUAAAUUAUCCCGUGACU